GCAGCAGUAAUGGGUCGCCAAGGCCUCUUCCGGCUCUGCUGCCUCCUCGGCCUCUCUGUCUGUCUCACUGCCAUCUCGAUAAACCACCGGCCGAAACAAGGGAAUGAAGCUGAUGCUGGAGAGCUAAGGGAGGAUAUUCCUCAAAUCAAUCUGGAAUCAGGACUGAACCUGUUUGAGGGAGACAUUGUAUUACCACCUCGUGCUCGCAAUGCUCUGCUUGAUGACUAUUACCGAUGGAGCUUCCCCAUCCCCUACAUACUGGCGGAUAACUUAGAUCUGAAUGCAAAGUCGGUCAUUCUAAAAGCUUUUGAAAUGUUCCGUCUUAAAUCUUGUGUGGAUUUUAAACCAUAUGAAGGGGAGCCUACAUAUAUCCACUUUCAAAAAUUUGGCGGAUGCUGGUCCAUGGUUGGGGAUCUGAAGGUAGGACAGAACCUUUCCAUUGGGGAGAGAUGCGAUUACAAGGCCAUCGUAGAACAUGAGAUUCUUCACGCUCUGGGCUUCUAUCAUGAACAGUCUCGAUCCGACCGCGAUGACUAUGUUAAGAUCUGGUGGGAGGAGAUUACUAGCGGCAUGGAACACAAUUUUAAUAAAUAUGAGGACAACUACAUCACUGAUUUGAACACCCCGUAUGAUUAUGAAUCUGUCAUGCAUUAUGGGCCCUUAUCCUUCAAUAAGAAUCCAGAUGUUCCUACAAUCACGGCCAAGAUAGAAGCAUUCAAUGAUAUUAUUGGGCAACGCCUGGACUUCUCUGAAAUAGACUUAGAGCGGCUAAAUCGCAUGUACAACUGCACGGCCUCCCACACUCUGCUGGACCAGUGUACCUUUGAGUACAUUAAUAUCUGCGGCAUGGUACAGGGCACCAACGAUAAUGCCGACUGGGUGCAUGAGAUGAGCCAACCAGGGUCUGAGGAUCACACUUUGGCUGGGGGCUGCCGAGAUGCUGGCUACUUCAUGCACUUCGACACCCACUCUGGCCCCAUUGGCAGCACUGCCCUCCUCGAGUCCCGGAUCCUGUACCCCAAGCGAUCCGAGCAGUGCUUGCAGUUCUUCUACAAGAUGGAUGGAAGUUCCCAGGACAGACUAGUGAUCUGGCUAAAGACAGAUGAUGGUGCCGGAAAUGUUAGAAAGAUGAGGAAACUUCACACCAUUUAUGGUGAUAGUGACCGAAGCUGGAAAAUUGCUCACGUGACCCUCAACGCCAAUAAAAAGUUCCGCUACGUCUUCCAAGGAAUCCACGGUAAUAACAAGACCAGCGGCGGUAUAUCCCUCGAUGAUAUCAGCCUCACUGAAACCCCAUGCCCCAAUACUGUAUGGCGCGUGAAGGAUUUCUCCAAAAUCCUGGAAAGCACAACUAAAGGAGAUCGUAUAAUGAGCAAUCCUUUCUACAGCCCCGAGGGGUACGCCUAUGGCAUAACCAUUUACCCCCAUGGACAAGCAUCAUCGCCCUAUGUCAACUACACGGGGAUCUCGUUCCACAUGAUCAGCGGAGAGGACGAUGAUGUCAUGGAAUGGCCGGCCUUGAACAGACAGGCGAUCAUCACAGUGCUCGACCAGGACCCCAAUGUACAGCACAGGAUGUCGUCCAGCAGGAGUUUCACAACCCUGAGUUCUCAAAUCAUAGAAUCAAUGAAUAACAUAUCACGCUGGGAAAGGCCUUCCCUCAUUGGAACGUUCGAUCCUACGUGUGACUGCUACAGAACCCCUGACUUUGGCUGGAGCACCUUUAUAUCCCACAGCCAGUUGCACAGGAGGAACUUCCUGAAGAACGACGAUCUGAUCCUGUUUUUGGAAUUCGAAGACCUUACGUUCCUCAGUAAAACAGAAGUACCGAUCCGACCGGCUGCACCACGAGAAAAAGAAGUAGUUCUUGAGAGGAGCAGGCGUUCUCCACAAAACGUUGACGAAAACCCAUGUGAUCCCAACCCCUGUUUGAAUGGUGGAGCUUGUGUCAUUGAGAAAGGAAAGGCUUCUUGCAGGUGCGCCUCCAGCCAGGCCUUUUCCUAUGCCGGGGAGCAGUGCCAGUCUAUGCAGAUGCACGGCAAUGUCCUGGGGAUGUUGAUUGGAGGAGGGGCAGGUGUUAUUGCCCUCACUAUGGCUAUUCUUGCCAUAAUAAGCAGAAGAUAAAUAAACACUCUCAUCUCUGCACACCAGAGACACCUUAUUACUCACUACAAUAUGGUGUCGGCUAAUUGUUGCUUUAAGUGCUGUUAAAUACAUGUUUCACUACAUUAA